AUGAUGUAUGAACGAAUUGUUAUCGUUCUCGCAGUGAUCUCCGCCACUUCGUCACGUCCUGAUGAAAGUAUCGUAAACGGAGAUCAGACGGCAAGUGAAAGCGCGAUCAGUUGGGCUGAGAAGGCAGCUAAAGGCGUCGGUAAUUUCUUUUCAAAAGCAGGCGAUGAAAUAAGUGGAACGGCAGUAGAAGCCUGGAACGCUACACAAGAUAAAGCAGGAGAAGUUGCGGAUGUUCUCAAUGGAGCAGCCGGCACUGUUGCUGAACACGGUGAACGAUUAGCUGGAGAAGCUAAAACUUGGGCAACAGGUGCUGUAGAGACAGUGAAACGUGAAGGAGAGAAAGCAGCAAACGCCACCGGAGAUGCUUUAAUUGGAUUCGGUGAGACGGUAAAGCAAGGUGCCCAAGAGGGUGUGAAAACAGUUGGAGACGCCGUGCAAGGAGAAGAUGGAGAGAAAAAUGUUCUCGGGAAGAUCCGUGAUUGGUUCAGUGGACUUGGAAAAUGA